CGCGCUUGCGCAGUUAACAGCUCCAAGAGCGCUCCCGCAGUAGUCUUAAAUUCAUUCUAGAGCAGGGAAUAGAAGCUUAGUUUUUUUAAUAGAACGCCGAGAGGCUCGAACAGAAGGCCCGGACUUUAAAGGGCUGGGAGGUAGCCCGCCUAAAGGAACCUUGUUCACAUUUCGGAAGGACCGCCUCCAUCAACUUGACCUGUAACCCUGGCUUCGGCCCCGGCUCCCAGGUGUACUGUGUCCUCCAAGAGCGCGAACCCGCACUCCCCACUCCGCGGAGAAAACCUGGCCGGGACUUCUGCUCUCAACUCGGGGUGACCUUGGUUGGGUGUUUCCCUUCCCUGGGCCUCUAGUUUCCCCACUUGUAAAAUGGUUUGAGGGCAGACUUGGUCCUUGAGCCCAGGAUCAGUCUCAAAGCGUUUUUCGGCCCUCGGAUGCACCUCCCGAUCCUCAGCUGCUCCCAAAGAGUUGGGGAGACUCCUGCGGAUACCUCCCCAAACUGGGAAGCUUUCUCGAAUGGGCGGCGGCGGGAUAGAGCGGACAGAGGUGGAACACUCAGAGGAGGCAGCCCCUGAUUGGCUGUGGGAAAAGGGGCGGGACAUAGGUGGGCUGAGGGGCGGUGCCGUUGGGGACCUGACCCGCAGGUUUAGGUACCCAGAGAAUAAUGGUACGUUGUUUUACUUAAUCCCCUCCAUUUAAGGAUCCGUUUAAGAAUGCCCAGUCAAGAUUCCAAUACUAGCAAUUUACUAUAAUUAACAAAAAAAGAUUUCAAUCUUGGUCUAGUCUUGAUAAGGAAAAUAUUCAACACAGCCGUCAGGGUCAGUAAACCACUUUUUUCCUCCCGUUGGCAAAGUCAGCAGAGCACCCCCAGCUGUCUCCUCCCCUCUUUCUCUGGGCUCUUCUUUUGCCCUGCUAAUGCCAAAAUGCCACACAUCAAAAUAAUAUAAAUUGUUCCCCUUGCUUGUGCUUAGGGCUCAGACCUUGGGAGAUUACUCCCCUCUGAGCCCGCCGGUGUAAAAUAAAACCUCAACACUCCAAGACCUCCGAGUGCCACUUGGUUCUUCCAUCAGUGAUCCAGUCCAGGUUUUCCAGUAUUCUCCAUCACAGUCUGAUCACAGAAUCAAGGCAUUUUCGGCAACAUACCUAAUGGGGAAGCCACAAGGCCCUCCUUGCCUCCCUCCACCUCCUCCCUAGCUUAGUUUUUUUUUUCUAUAUGGCAUGGGGAAUCAUAGCUGCCCUCCCUACUCAUGCCACAGAAUGAUGGCCCAGGGAGAUAUGUCCAGGAGCCUCAAGAAAAGCAAAGGUCUUGGAGAACAGAGCUGAUGGCAUGGGCAUCAUCAACUUCCUCUUUCACCACCUCCUGGGUACAGGCUCACUCAUACUCUACUCCUCCAGCAACCUUGCCAGCUUGGUGUGAACUUUAUCACAGAUGGGGAAUAAGAGGCCCAAGUAGGGGAAAGGACUUGUCCCAGGUUAGACAGGGUGCCAUUGGCCAAAUAGACCAUGAUAAGGGCCUCCAGUUGACAGUGCCCUCUCUCCUAUAGCAAGUAAAAGCAGUGAAAAGUUGAGGCCACUUGGUCAUGAGUGAAAUUAGCAACUGGGAUUAAGACCAGGGCUCAGGGCAUUCAGUGUGGGGCUCUUUUCCCCUUCCUCCCUGUACCCCAUUGUCUUAAUGAACUUGUCCCCCAAAUCUCACCAGUGGGAAUUCCUCCAACCCCUCCCUCCGAAGCUGUGGAGGGAGUGAGGGGUGGGUGGGUGUGAGGUUUUGAUAGUACUAGUGCUGGGGAGAAGAAAGAGGUGUGGAGGACAGAGGAGCAGCCUCCCACACACACAGUAUGAGGGCCGCUGUGGUUGGAGCCUGUUUCUCCUCCCUCCCUUCAGGCCUGGGAGAGGAGCAUGGGCCCUGCCAGGUUGGCAGCUUUAGGGCUGCCUGAAUUACCUAUCCAGAUCCUGAGUCUGAUUAGGUUCCAGAGACAAAGAGUGCUAGUGUGUGCAGAAGGUGCCCAGGGAAGCCCCUCCCUACCCGGCCCUUGCCUGGAAUUGGUCACCUGGCUUGGCCGGAAGGGCCUCUAGGCAGGUUGGGCCAGAUCCUCCCUCCUUCAUUCUGCCUGGAGCCACAGGGGAACAAAGCUGGAUCAGUCCAACAGGUACAGAUGAGGACACUGAGGCCCAGAGAGGGGGCCUGACUUGUCUAAGCUCACACAGCCUGGACAGAGCUGGGCCAAACUGGGUCUCAAGCCUAAACAACCAGCACCUUUUCACAUGCCCACACCUGUUUCCCUUUCUCCCCCAACACCCUUGAACUUCUUAGAGGCCCAGCAGGCAUCUCAGCACUACAGUCUACCCUGAGUGGGUUAAGUUAAGCAAGGUGCAGGGUCAGCAUUGUGAGUGACCACAGUGAGGUCUGCAAACCCAGUUCCUGGCACAGACCCCCUGGCCAAGCCCUAUGUACUAUACCUGCUCCCUCACAUUUACUCCAUAUACUCUACUAAAGGUCUUGGGGAGGGAUUCACCCACCCCCACCCCAGCUCCAGCCUAGAGAUGAGGGUCAGGUGUCCUGGAGGCUCAAAGUUCCAGAGGCCCGGAUGGCCCCUGCUUUCCCUUAUCUCUUCUUAAUCUCUAGAUGUGCAAGGAGCUGCCACCAGUCUCCAUGGCAAACGUUGCCCCUGGCCUCCAAAGGACCACAGCCCAACCUUCCUUCAGACCCCCAUCUUCCAGAAAAAGGCAUCUGGCAUCUUGGGAGAGGAGAUUUGAGGGGUUGUAAGGGUCUCAGCCUGGGCCGUUUUCCACAGCUUCCUUUGGGGUUGGGGCCUUUCAGGACCCUAUUUUUAUAACUGAAGUUGGGCUAAAGGGCCCCUGGCACAGCGAGGUACUGGAAGGCUUCCAGCACAUACUUAGCAUUGGGUCUGUGCUGGGCCCUGGCUGGGCACUGGGGACCCAGCACAGGGCAAGACAGGCAGGGCCUAGUCCCAGAGCAGCUACCUUCUGGGGGUGGGGGAGCAGGCUAUAAACAAGUCAACAAGGUCAACUUUGAAGAAGUGCUGGGAAGAAAACAACCCAAGGGAUGUGGAAAGAGGAGCCAGCCAUAGGAAAAUCUUGGCAGAGUUCUGGCAGAGGGAACACCAAGGGCAAACCCUGGUCAGGAAACCCUCAGGGAGGAGCAGCAGGAAGCUUUGCCUGAAGGGUAGAGGCUGGCAGGGGUCUGGGAAAGGGGCCAGAGGGUGUUCUAAACGGUCACUGCAUCUCUGGGGGCAGUGGGGAGGAACGCCCAUGUCACAGGACUGAGGGGAGUUAACUGAGGGCCUGGCGCUGGAGUGUAUAUGCUCAAUCAACUGUGGCUGCUUUUUGUUCCCCGUCCAAAGUGCCCACCACUCGCUCCAGGGCCAUGGUCUAGGUGGGGCCUGCUAUGGGUUUCCACGUGGAUAGGUAGGAAGAAGAAAUCCAGGCCGGGCACAAUUGUACAGGUCCAGGCAAGGGUUGGGGAUCCCCAGCCCUGCCCAGGAGGCCCAGGCCAAUGGCGUCAUUGAGGCCCCUCGCCAGCUCCGGGGCAGGAGGCGACUUUCAGGAGGACGCUUUGUCUGGGCUGCGCCAGAGUCAUCGCCAGGCGGGCCGGAUCACCUGGACUUAGCCGAGGUGGAGCAGAUGGGGGAGCAGGGGUUUCCAGGUGCUCCACAGCACCGGGCAGGUCUCGGCCAGCCCCGCCUCCCGUCCUCGGGGCAGGUGUCUCCAACCCCCGUCGCCCUGCUUUCCAGCCUUUUCCCCCUUACUCCGGCCAUCCCUUUGAUCCCGGGCUCGCGGUCACGGACCCCUCCUUCAGGGGCAGGUUAAGGGGAGGAGUCGGAGCUCCAGAACACGGAAGAGGGGGAUGGGCUCAGAGCAGGUGGCAGGGAACGAGCCUUCCUGGGAGGUUGCUCCCGCUCCCUCCAGCCGUCCCAUGGUAUCCGGGGGUCCGUCCUCUCCGGCUGCUGGAGGAGGGCGUCGGAUCCCGGGGAAGGAGGCGGGCCAAACCCCCAGGGGUCUCCCCGCCCCUUCGGGUUCAGUCAAGCGGAGGUGAAACCUGAACUCUGGUUGGGGGCGGGGCUGGCUCUUUCGCCGACAGGACUGGCCUGCGCCUCCAUUCCCGUUUUCCUUCUACCCCUCUUUUCCCUGCCCCCGGGCCAGCUUCUGAAAGAGUAAAGUCGGGGUCCUAGAGCCGCUGGAGCAGGGCCGGCGAUGGAGCCCGAAGCCCGGGGGCGCUCCCCGCCCUGAGGGCCCCCGCAGGUGGCCAUGAUGCCCCGAGGGCGCCCCCGGGCGCUGGGGGCAGCCGCGCUGCUCUCGCUGCUGUUGCUCCUGAUUGGAUUCUUCCUGUUCCGCGGGCACCCGGAGUACGGGCGGCCGCAUGGGGUUGCUGCCCUGGAAGGAGACCCACCAGCGGACCAUAGGGGCCACAACAGCUCGGACUGCGUGCCUCCGCGGCCGCUGCUGCCCAAAUGCGAGCUCUUGCAUGUGGCCAUCGUGUGUGCAGGACAUAACUCCAGUCGAGAGGUCGUCACCCUGGUGAAGUCCAUGCUUUUCUACAGGAAAAAUCCACUGCACCUCCACUUGGUGACUGAUGCUGUGGCCAGGAACAUCCUGGAGACACUCUUCCACACAUGGAUGGUACCGGCUAUCGGGGUCAGCUUCUAUGAUGCUGAUGAGCUCAAGACCCAGAUCUCCUGGAUCCCCAACAAGCACUACUCUGGCCUCUAUGGGUUAAUGAAGCUAGUGCUGCCUGGGGCCCUGCCCCUUGACCUGGCCCGUGUCAUUGUCCUAGACACAGAUGUCACCUUCACCUCUGACAUUGCAGAACUUUGGGCACUCUUUGCCAACUUUUCUGACAAGCAGGUGAUCGGUCUUGUGGAGAACCAGAGCAACUGGUACCUGGGCAACCUCUGGAGGAACCAUAGGCCCUGGCCUGCCUUGGGCCGGGGAUUUAACACAGGUGUGAUUCUCCUGUGGUUGGACCGGCUCCGGCAGGCUGGCUGGGAGCAGAUGUGGAAGCUGACAGCAAUGAGGGAACUCCUCACCCUGCCUGCCACCUCUCUGGCUGACCAGGACAUCUUCAAUGCUGUAAUCAAGGAGCACCCAGGGCUGGUGCAGACCCUGCCCUGUGUCUGGAAUGUGCAGCUGUCAGACCACACACUGGCUGAGCGCUGCUAUUUGGAGGUGUCUGACCUCAAGGUGAUCCACUGGAACUCACCAAAGAAGCUGCGUGUGAAGAAUAAGCACGCAGGAUCCUUCCGAAACCUCUACCUGACCUUUCUGGAGUAUGAUGGGAACCUGUUGCGGAGAGAGCUCUUUGGGUGCCCCAGCCCACCCCCACCUGAGGCUGAGCAGUUGCAGCAGGCCCUGGCACAGCUCGAUGAGCAAGAUCCGUGCUCUGGGUUCCGGCAGCAGCAGCUCAGUGUGCACCGUGUGCACAUCACCUUCCUGCCCCAUGAGCCACCACCCCCCAGGCCCAAUGAUGUUACCCUAGUGGCCCAGCUCUCCAUGGACCGGCUACAGAUGCUGGAAACACUGUGCAGGCACUGGCCAGGCCCCAUGAGCCUGGCCUUGUACCUGACAGAUGCAGAGGCCCAGCAGUUCCUACAUUUCGUCGAGGCCUCGGUGGUGCUCUCUGCCCGGCAGGACGUGGCCUACCAUAUGGUUUACCGCGAGGGUCCCCUCUACCCUAUCAACCAGCUUCGCAAUGUGGCCUUGGCUCAGGUCCUCACGCCGUAUGUCUUCCUCAGUGACAUUGACUUCCUGCCUGCCCACUCCCUCUAUGACUACCUCAGGGCCUCCAUCGAGCAGCUAGAGCUUCGCAGUGGGCGGAAGGUAGCUCUGGUUGUGCCAGCAUUUGAGACCCUGCACUAUCGCUUCAGCUUCCCCAGUUCCAAGGUGGACCUGCUGGCCCUGCUGGAUGCUGGUGCUCUCUACACCUUCAGGUACCAUGAGUGGCCCCAGGGCCACGCACCCACAGACUAUGCUCGCUGGCGGGAGGCUCAGGCCCCGUACCGUGUGCAGUGGGCCGCUGACUAUGAGCCCUAUGUGGUGGUGCCGCGUGACUGUCCCCGCUAUGACCCCCGAUUUGUGGGCUUUGGCUGGAAUAAAGUAGCCCAUGUCAUGGAGCUGGAUGCACAGGAGUAUGAGCUCCUGGUGCUGCCCGAGGCCUUCACCAUCCACCUGCCACACACCCCAAGCCUUGACAUCUCUCGCUUCCGCUUCAGCCCUACCUAUCGUGACUGCCUCCAGGCCCUCAAGGAUGAGUUCCACCAGGACUUGUCCCGCCACUAUGGGGCUGCUGCCCUCAAAUACCUCACUGCCCUGCAGCAGCCCCAAAGCCCCACCUGACCUUAGGCUGGGCCUGCACAGUUCACCCUUACCCUUUGCCUUGGCUCUUGUGCACACUCCAUGAAGACAUUGGGGCAACCUUGCUGCCCUUCUCACCAGCCCUGCUAUGUAAAUUAUUUAAGUCUCUGUGGGAAGGGCUGCAGUGGAGCACCUGUGAGUUGGGUUUUAGGGACUUCCCUUGCUGCUAUCUAUGCCUGGGGUCUAGUCUCUGCCCCCACUGGUUUGGGGCUCAUUUCACCAUCCCCAGCUCUACAUCCCCUUUUCAUAGUUAAAGUUUUAAAAGCACUUUUUCAUGUUCCCCUUGGCUUGGGGCAUGAGGGCAUCAGUAAGCCCUGGGAGGUGCUGGUAUCACUAGGGUCACUGGAGGGCCUGGCCAUCCCCUGGAGGAUGACUGGAAUAUGUCUUGUCCACCCUUCCCCUGCCCCAAACCCAUCAUCAUGAGGCUGAGAGACUUUAUUUGGCUUUAUUUAGUAAAAUGUUAAAAUAAAUAAAUACAAAUUGA